AUGAGGUCUGUGACAAACACAGCCAUCGGCGUUGUUGGCUCGGGCCAUAGACUCCUUUUUCACGCGCAUUCAGAGGUUGCCAACGAGGCCCUGGUCAGACGAAAGCUCUGGGCGCUUUCCCGCCGCGUAACGACGCCACUGCUCCUGGAACACGCUUGGCCUGUCCAUGGCCACCAUGGAACCCAACAGCUGGGAAUCAUGCCACGAGUCCAUCACAGAAUAAACCUCUUCAAGAUAGGACACUUGCCGCAAUUCGAGCUCUCUGCAAACAGACGGGGUACUUCUGUGACACAGACUACUGCCAUGUCCAUGAUGCAAACUACCCAUACUGCUCCAGGGAAGUGUUUCUUUGACACAUUUGGCAAAGGCAUCACCAAUGAAUUGGUCGAAACUAAAAAUAAAUACGCAAAGUUACUAAAACAGAAGCGGCAUUGGAACAAUGAAAAGUAUAAGGCCAUACUCUCCGAUGCUGAUAAGUCUUUGAAGUUUUUCAAAAUCACUCACUUCCGCGAUGUCAUAGUAGAGAAUAAUAAACUCGACGCUUCCAAGUUUACGUUUGCCGAUCCUCCUACCGCUACUGCAGCUGUGCCUUCGGGUGCAACUCCCAGUGAUGCGGAUUUGAAGAUAGCGGGUAACCUGAUUAUUCCGACCAUACUCAACGCUUUGGCAGAUCAACGCACUCUUUUCGAGACUACAACGAAGGAAAUUGAUGGCAAGCUAGCAAACCUAGCCUCCAGAAUCUCUCAACUUACCACUGCACUUAGCCACGUUACCGAUACAGUCGAUCAGAUUGCAGCGCAUACUGGGACUGCUACAAUCCAGAGUCGAACUCCACCAACUACUCCAAUUGCAUCAAAUGAUGAAGGUCAGCCAGAGGAAAAAGAUGAAGAUUAUGAUCCUGAAGAAGAGAACUUUGAUGACAUGUUAUCCCCUCGCGACGAUCAACAGUUUUUCUCAGAGCCGACAGCGCAGGUAGCAAUGCUUUAUCCACCUACAGUCUUACAGGAAUCUCCUGUGGUGCCAGAUCAAGACUUGGCACUUCCAGGUCGGCCAAACUUAGCUGUCCCUCCCCACGAUCAUUACAAGUACAUUGAUCACAGGGCAACUAUGAUGGGGGAGUGCAAAGAAUAUAGACUGACCUUGCUGUCUGUCUCUCUCUCCGAGAGUCUCUAUCUCUAUAUCUCCAUGACUAUACUGCCUUCCUUCCCGUUCCCCCUCCUUUAUAAUCAGUUACUAUCUUAUGACUGCGCUACCGUAAGCAAUUUCAGGAUUACUACCGCUCUUAAGUUCUCGAAGAGCCGUGGAAAUAUACCAAAUGUAAUUCUCUCUGACAUCCUCGUCAGGAAAAAUGCUCUCAAUGAUGUCUGCGAUAACCUUGACCUUUUUGGCAUCCCUUUCUCCAAUGUCAUAUCCAAUUUUCAUUGCAUUGGUCCAUCCGAUGCCAGUGGCAGUGAUAGAGUUUUUGCUUUAAUUCCUAAAAAUGGUUUCGCGUCGGUUAUAGACCGCCUGACAUUUUCGGCAGGUGGUAUAGCGCUCGACAGUGGUUUUUCUGGCUAUAAUGUUGUAUCUACAAUGAAAGAAAAUAUUGAAAAGUCAGCAGCCAAAUAUAUGAGUGAUGAUAAGGUGCUAAAUCAAUCAAUUUUAGAAUCUAUUGAUGAGACAGGCACAUAUGAAGCGGCGAAUUUCGGUCAGCAAAAACAACUCAUUUUGGCUAAUUUCUUGGGUUUUAGUGGAUGUGAGCCGACGUUUCUCGAUUUGAACCGCCUCCCCGAAGUGUUUCUUACUAUCCAAGUAACAAGCCCAAGUGUCUUACCUGUCCAAUAUGAAGGAGCAGUUUUGGGAGGAGCGGCUGUAAACGCAAAUCCCAAUUUUAGUGGAAACGGCUGUAGUUACACAAUUGACAACAUCUUUUUUACAAUUGAAGUUAUCUCUAUCGGAAACGGAUUAUAUGAUGCGUUAACAAGUCGUCUACUUGAAGAAAAAGGUUCGUUGGAUGUGCCCUAUAAAAACUUCAACACAUUUACGACAGACCAGUCCAGUGCGGGUGGCAGUAUUCGCGGUUCGGUCUCAACAAUGUCUCUUGAUAAAGUUUUUGCGUUCCAGCGAAAUAGCGGAGAGAAAAAAGCCGGUGGGUCUCCUUACGAACAAUAUUAUAUCCAACAAGCGCCCGUUCCCGCUGUGGGAAAUACCACUUUUGGCUUUACCAAUGCUGGUUUACAAGAUUGGUUCUUUCAAAUAAACAAUGCGCCAUAUCCUCUUUACAAGCCCGACACUGUCGAUGCGUAUGCCUAUGCU